ACCUAAAGUUGGGGUCUGAUGAAUAUGUAAGGAAUGUUAUAUGCAAUAAACUGCUUUCUGUUGGAAUACUUCUUUCAUUUAUUUCCUUUGUAUCUGAAAAUAAGAUCUUACAAGAUGGUAAUAAUUUUGAAAUUGGGCAGCUGUUGCUGAAUAUAUGUAUAAAAAUGAACUAAUUGAAAUUGCUCAUCAAUCGAGAAAGCCGUGCCAUGUCCAAUAUGGCGAUAUUUUAGUUUUGUUGUAUAGAAUAUAUAAAUAAACGGGUGCAUUUCUAACAUCCACAUUUGUAUUUGAUGAGCAGAUUUUAAGGGUUAUAUCUUUUCUCCGCUUCCGCCCAAAUUAUAUAUUAUGUGAAGAAAUCAUGCUGCAUCAGUUUCAGUACUAGUAAGUACAUCAUGAUGCAUACUUCAUGUAACCAGUGUGGAAAAAGUUUUGGAGAAUGCGGUACUCUAAAAAGACACAUGAGAACACACACAGGAGAAAAACCGUUCUCAUGUACUCAGUGUGCGAAGAGUUUUGGAGAAUGUGGUACUCUGAAGCGACAUAUGAGGACACAUACAGGAGAAAAACCGUUUCCAUGUACACAGUGCGGAAAGAGCUUCAUUGACUGUGGGACAUUAAAACGGCAUUUAAGAAUUCAUACAGGUGAAAAGCCAUUUACAUGUCAACAAUGUGGAAAGAGUUUUGGGGAAUGUGGUACUCUGAAAAGACAUACAAGGACUCACACGGGAGAGAAACCAUUUUCUUGCAGCCAGUGUGGGAAAAGUUUUAGUGAGUGUGGGACUCUGAAAAGGCAUAUGAGAACACACACUGGGGAGAAACCGUUUUCAUGUAAUCAAUGUGGAAGACGGUUUGGUGAGUGUGGAACUCUAAAGAGGCAUAUGAGGACCCAUACAGGAGAAAAACCGUUCUCAUGUAAUAAUUGUGGAAAGAGUUUCAGUGAAUGCAGUACUCUUAAAAGACACAAGGAUGCUCAUUGGUAAAAAGUUAUGUAUUAGCAAGAUUUGAGGUUCUCACAAUGGUGACUGUGAAGACUGUCUUCAGGAAUGUUACACUAUGUAGUCUGUAAAAGUUUUCCUGAGAUUUUGAAGAAAUGUAGUGCCCCCUUUGUCAGAGUUGAAGAGCAAGGCAAGCAAACAGCAACCAGAGCUUUGAUCCGCAUACUUUUCAACCCUGUCAAUAGAAGUAUUAUGUUCCGCUGAAAUGUUUGGAAACUUAUACCAGACUACAUAGUGUAACAUGCCAGAAGAUACUACUCUUCAAGUUGUUUAUAAUUUUUCAGUGUUGUAGAAAUUUACUGUCACAUCGCACAAACUAAAAUGUAGUGGAAGGAGUCGCUCAUUGCAUUUUACUUCAUAUUUGGCAAACUUUUGGUUUUGUUAGAUAUAAGAUUAGGAGCCAGGAUAACACAGUUGGUAUAGUGACUGGCUAAUGGCUGGACAACUGAGUUGUUGA